CGCGGUGGAGCGGCAGGUGUUCGACUUCCUGGGCUACCAGUGGGCUCCCAUCAUGGUCAACUUCUUCCACAUCAUCRUGGUCAUCCUGGGACUUUUUGGGGCCAUCCAGUACCAGUCACGCUACGUCACCAUGUACCUGCUGUGGAUGUUUGUGUGGAUUGGCUGGAACGUCUUUGUGAGUUGUCUCUACCUGGAUUUGGGAGGCCUUUCGAAGCAGGACAGCCACAUCCUCUCCCUGGGAGUUUCCUCACAUUCCUCCUGGUGGAAGAGCAACGGGCCGGGAUGUCAGAGCCAGAACCCGGCCUCUGACAGGUGGAGCGAGCACCAGAACCCCCGGCUGACCACGGUGCCGAGCUGCUGGCUGCAGUACCAGUACCUGGAGGUUCUGCACUGCGCCGCCCAGCUCCUUCUGUCCCUCCUGGGAGUCGUUUAUUCCUGCUAUGCUGUCAGCAGAUUUCCAGAGGAGGAGAGCUGUACGUAUAAACAACCUACUAUCAUUUCUUUACAUUCAGUAUGUCUGUAGUUCAUAGGAAUCUGUUCUGUUGCCUGGUUCUUUUUUCCUUUUAUGUGUUUUUCUUUUGAUUUUGACUUUGUCCAACCUUUACUUAGUUAAUUGUUGUUAUUGCUGUGGGUGAACUGAAGAGUCGGGGUGUUGAUUUAGAUAAAACUGCUUCAAGGAUAAUUCUCUAAAGUCAGGUCAUCGUGUCCUCAUGUUUUUCUUUUUCUCAGAUAUAAACUAUCAGAGAAAAAAAGAGUCUCUGCUGCAGUCAGACA